GGCUUCCCUAUGAUCAUGACUUGAUAUUCUCAGGUUAUCACAAGACAUUUGGGAACUUCUCCAAACUCGGCUUCAUGCUGCUUGCUAGUUCAAAGGGAAGAAUUACGACCAGAAAAAUGCACAUGCCGCCAUCCUUAUCCUGCCACGAAUAGCGAUCUUUCUCAAUAUUGACACUCAACCACCAACCACCAACCACAACCAUCUCACCCACACGAAACAGCAAGAUAAUAGAUUUGCACCCUCAAUUCCUCAAUUCAUCUCGAUUGACCCGCCAAAAGCUCACUGCAACCCUCACAUUGGCCUGCUCUAACCCCCAUAGCCGCCUACCCCUACAUGCAAGCGCCCGUGCCUGUGCGCAGCUCAAAAUAACCUUUAAAAUCAUGUACCGAAAAGCAUUGUGAUCCAACCAUUCACAAAUCUUACAGAACGUCUAGAUUUUGGAAAUAUGAUUGGGACAGACUUUUGCGUCUUUCACUAUUUGAUUGGAAGAUAUGAAUACAAACAUGCUGAAGUGCACAAGCGGCAUGCUACAUCGCCCUGUCAUUUUUGAACUACUGCGUUUGUAUCUUCAGCGUUUUCCUCAUCAAUUCUGUUGGCUGAAGACAUGUUCAACUAUUGAAUGGUAAGUGAUAUAAUUAUCGGAUAGAAAGGAAGUAUAUGUACCUAUUGAAGUCCCCCAUUCUUUUCAUUCCGUAGGGUCGUCAUUUCUGAGUUAUUCGCGUUCUUCUUCUUCAGCUUCUUGUGCUUAUUGUGGGGUAUUCUUACUGCAUUUCCCAUCUUACAUUCGUUCUUUAUCGCGAUUCAAUCAUAUCAAUAUCUUCUGUCCAUCUUCUCCGCCGUUCAAUACCUUCAGCAGCAAAAAUGGCAGGUCCGUCUCCAUCUCCAUCUCCAGAACCAAAGCAACCCCUCACUAUCGUCACCUCCUCCUUCCAAGAAUUCACACCCGAAACCUCCUCUUCUCGCCCUCGUGCAACGAUGGCUCAACAUGCCAACACAGUUUUCAUAGCCAUUAGCGCAAUUCUUGGUCUUGCUAUCAUGGCUACAUCAGCAAACGCACUCCAAGUCUUUCAUUCCACCCAUCUGGGCGCCGACUUUCGGUUACCAGUCUGGCCUCAAAGUUUUGAUUUGAAGCCCACCAUUUCCGGGGUUGUUUGUGGAGUUCUAGUUUUUGUUAUGAAUUCUGUGGCCCUUGUGGGGCAAUUUGUUCCUGCCUUGAAGCGAAAUCCUCUAGCUCUUCCUACUCUCAUCCCCUUAGCUAUCGCCCUUCUUGCUGCAGUCGUCGCCUCGGCAAUUCCUUUCAACGCUUUAACUUCCUCGACAAAAUGGACUGUUCAAACGUGGAGUUGCCAAUGGUCAAAUAUCAGUACAUCAACCUCACCACAUUGGGGAACCUUGUGUUCGGAAAGCAGAGCUGCGGGAAUCAUGAGUGUAUGUGUGAUUCCGUUUGAUGUAUUGGCGGUAGCUUCGGUACUGGCUUCGGUGAUGAAGGCACGGAGAAAUGUUCAGCCGCAAGGGCAGUGGGAGAGAAAGGGUAGUGCAGGAGAGAUGUCGUGAGUGGCUGGCACGAAGAAAGAUGUGGAUGGACGAUGACACUUUGAUAAGUACGGUAGAGAGGUAGUGAGGUAGUGAGUUGAGUGAUUGGAUCAUAUAUUAGCGUGGGGCGGACCGAACAAACGGAUCCCUUUUAUUAAGUAUGGCUUUAUGGGCGGUUUUAUGUUUAAACGAUUCAAUGUAUCAAAAGGAUAUCAGUAUGAGUAUCUAGGGAAGAAAUUUAGGAUUGCUAGUCAACUUACGAGGGAAAGAGGGACUUGGUAAUUUAUUGUUUGCUUUCUGUUUGCUUAAUGUUUUUCUUCCCUUACUGGGGAAUGCGUUGUCUUUUCGAUCAUCAAUGCAGCGAGUACUAGUGAACGUAAGAAGCACCUAAAAUUGAGGGGACGAAAUUUCAGACCACCUCGAGUAAUUAUGUUUAAUGCGUUGCAUAAAACUCUCUCGUCUUUGCUCGCGCUCUAAGUAGAGUAAACCUCGAAGCGGCGGACUCAUGUGUUGAUUCACAGAUACCAGACCAUUCAUUGGCAAUAAAGUAAAUUUCCAUGAAUAGCCAGGAGUAGAGGAUACAGAAUAUUGCCAUUCUAGUAAAUUACAACUGAGAUGUACA